AUGUCGAGGAGUACCACCGUCAUCACCUGCGUCGACUACGGCAAGCAGCGCGAGCUGGGAGGCGUUGCAGCCCCGGAUCCCCGUCGUCUUCAACCUCGGGCACUGCCGCCCUCGCCAUCGAAUUCCGGCAUCUGCGAGCCUCCCUCGAGCCGCCUUUUGCACACCUACAGGCUCCCGGUGAGCCGCGCAUCCCCUUCCCUCUUUCUCCUGUGCUCCCCUUGCCGUAACCGCCGUGUACAGCAGCCGCCCGCGCGCCCACCGUCGUGGCCGACCUCGCUCGGCCCGCGCCCUGGCCGUCCCCCGCUGCUCCCUCGCCGACCUGGCUGUCGGCCCGCGCGCUCGCGCCCUCCUGCUGCAGCCCCACCGCGCUCCUCCUUGCCCCCUUCGUCGCGCGCCGCCGCCCGCGCCGGCGACAGCCUGCUCCAGCCUCGCCCGCUCGCCCCGCGACCCACUGCUCACCGCCCGCGGUUGCCUGCAGCUACUCACCGCGCGCGACGCCCUGCCUCUCCCACUGCGUGGACGCCUCUCCCGCUCGCCCUCGCCCCGCCACUGCUACUGCUGCCGCUUGCGCUUCGCGAGCCGCCCGCUGCCGCUGCCCGCGCGCCGCCGCAGCCCCCUCGCGCGCGUGGUUGCGCCCCCGCCGCUGACCACAGCCGGGCCCGCCCUGCUAGCGCCGCCGCUGCUCGCCGCCUUGCCGUCGCGCCCCUGCCGCCGUGCCUGCCUCGUCCUGCUUCUCCCGCCGGUGCGCUGCUUGCUGCACUGCCGCUAGUGCAGCCCCGCUCCCCCGCCUCUCCUGGCCACCACGCCGCCGCACAGCUCCGGCCGGCCGUGCCCCCCCACUUCCCCGGCCUCCCGUGCGGCCUACUGGCCCUGGCGGCCGGCGCCUCGCCGGGUCACGGCCUCGCCCCCAUGCCCGGGCGGGAGGCGCAGCGCCGGGCCGCCCCGACGGGUGCCUGCCCGUUGACCCGCCCCUCCCCGCUGGCCUAA